GUGCUGUGAGGCGUCUCUCUCGCUCACUGGUUGGCAGCUUUCCCCGGGGCAAGCAAAACUAAAUUGAAGUGUGGACUUUUGAAUAUUAGUUUAUUUUUAAAAUAAAUUAAACUUUAUUUACUUAAUACAAUUAUGCACCACUAUUCUGUGUGUAAACAUUUCUGUACUUUCACUAUAUAAUUUACGAGGGAGGUUAUUCACUGUCAAGUGUCAAAAGGUGCCGUUGUUUUGACUGCUUUCUCACGAUAUGAUUUUGAUGUUAAUAUUUUAUAAUAAAAUUUUAAAUAAAAACAAGUGAAUAAACAGAGACCAUUGCCAGCCUUUUAAAAAAUUGGAGUUACAAAAUCUUAAUUUGAAUUAAAACUUCCUUGUUCGCGAGACCGUGUUUUGUUUGGAUAUAUUUUUUAUAAGAAUAAAUCGUGAUUUCGUAACGGUAGUUAAGUUUUUAGGAGUUCCUUUGUGUUGUGUUCAACAUAAAGGCUGUUGGAUAUACAUAGCCGAUAGACGGUGGAAUAAUAAGUAUACUAUACGGAUAAAACAAAUAUAAUGGCUUCUGCUGUAGCAACCAAAAAGAUGCAAAGAUAGAGACUGGAAAAAUCACUCUAGCACUCUACAUUGAUUGUAAUGGUUCGCGAAAGGUGGUGAGAUGAAGACGUGGGGCGAAGCGCUUGGACGAGGCGCGGGCGCACAUUUCUCGCGCGUGGGCCGCCUCCGCCGCGCGCUACUUCUACUCGCCGCCGCCGCCUGCACUGCUGCCGCAUUGCUCUACUGGCGGCAGCAGACUGAUCCCAGCGACCGAAGACCCUUACAUGUAUACUCGUCAGUAUCUCCCAUCAUGACCUCGAAUCUGUACUAUAAAAAUAAAUCCUCCUCGGCCACACCAUCGGCCGCAUCGUCGCUUAACUUUACAAUAAUUAGCGUGCCACAGUGGACGUGGAUAUGUCGGAGCGAUCGCUGCGAGCGUCUUCUUGCAUCCGAAUCGGUGCCACUGCAGUCUUUACCAACAUGCAACAUGCUCUGCGCGUCUACGCAGCUGUGGCCACAACCUACCGGCCCAGUGAGUUUAGCAACAGCUGCAGUCCCAGUAAGAGCAGACCAGUACUCACUCAAAAUAAUCUACUCGCCCUCGAGGGCUGUAACCGAGCACCUGAACGACGCAUUCGGAUUAUUCAAAGAUGACCUACGUCACCUCGAACGCAGCCACGGAGAUAACCGACACAUGGACGUCGGGACUCCCCGUGAGGUCAUCGUUCGCGUGUCUGUCAAUGGCACCGCAGACCCCCGGUUACGCCUCAACACUGACGAAAGCUACACACUCAAUAUGCGGCCUAAUGGCAAUAUCAUAUUAGUUGAUAUCUCAGCGCAGUCCUUCUGCGGCGCUCGACACGGAUUCGAAACAAUGUCGCAACUAAUUUGGCUGGAUCCUUACGCGGGGUCAUUACUUACCUUGGAAGCAGCUAAUGUACAAGACAAACCACGUUUCCAUUACCGAGGACUACUACUCGACACUGCUAGGAAUUACUUCUCAGUGAAAGAAAUCUUACGGACUAUCGACGCUAUGGCAGCUUGCAAAUUAAACACGUUUCAUUGGCACGCAAGUGAUUCCCAAUCGUUUCCUUUGAAAUUGAACAGCGCUCCGCGGUUAGCAGAGCAUGGAGCAUAUAGUCCAGGCGCCAUCUAUACACAAGAAGAUGUGAAAACAAUAGUUCGUCGUGCGAAACUUCGUGGCAUUCGCGUGCUCAUAGAAGUAGACGCUCCGGCGCACGUAGGGCGCGCUUGGGCAUGGGGCCCAGAAGCAGGUCUCGGUCAUCUCGCCUAUUGUGUAGAACAAACGCCGUGGAACUCCUAUUGCGGAGAACCACCUUGUGGCCAACUCAAUCCAAGAAAUCCCCACGUUUAUGAUCUUCUAACUCAUAUUUAUGCCGAAAUUAUCAAGCUUACGGAUGUUGACGAUAUUUUCCACCUCGGCGGUGACGAGGUUUCAGAACGAUGUUGGAAGCAACACUUUAACGAUACGGAUCCGAUGAAUCUGUGGCUAGAUUUUACUCGUCAAGCUUUAAAAUCUUUACAACGCGCAAAUGGCGGACGUUUGCCAGAGUUGACGUUACUGUGGUCAUCCCGCCUCACUCGUUCGCCUUACCUUGAAAAGUUAGAUGUAAAAAAUAUAGGUAUACAAAUCUGGGGUUCGUCAAGUUGGCCCGAAUCUCGAGCUGUGUUAGAUGCAGGGUUUAGAUCUAUAAUUUCCCACGUAGACGCGUGGUACUUAGAUUGCGGAUUCGGGUCGUGGCGGGACAGUUCGGAUGGACACUGUGGGCCGUACCGAUCUUGGCAGCGUGUAUACGAGCAUCGACCGUGGGUAGACGAGCAGCCAGCUAGUUUGAGUUCAGCUGAUGUGAAUCCUUGGCGCAUAGAUGGGGGCGCAGCUUGUCAAUGGACGGAGCAACUAGGGCCGGGCGGAUUGGACUCGCGUGUGUGGCCGCGAGCCGCUGCGCUGGCUGAGAGACUUUGGUCUGAUCGAUCAGAAGGCGCUGCUGCCGAUGUGUAUCUCCGCUUAGACACACAGCGGGCUCGGUUAGUCGCAAAAGGCGUCCGCGCGGCACCUUUGUGGCCUCAAUGGUGCUCGCACAACCCUCACGCUUGCCUAUAGUCACUAAACCCGCUUUCAUUUGACUUCUACGAUUGAAAGCUCUGUUAGCGCUCGAUGUCUAAAACAUAUACUGAGCGUAAGCCCAAUUGAAAUCAUUUUACAUUAAUCUGUAAUACAUUAUUACAUAUAAUAAAAUUACCACUCAUUAAGUGACGCGGGUCAGUAUCCACGUAUGUACAUAAUAAAUCAGAGUCUUAAUUAAAUAGAUAGAAUACAAUGUAGAAUUUGUACAGCUUCUAAUACUAGAUAGGUAGUGUUACUUAAAUUUGUGAUCAGUAGCUGAGAAUGUAGAUAAAGAAUGCACUUUUUCACUAGUAAUUCAAUAAAUAAUAUGAAUACAUUACAAUAUUUUUGAAAAGUUGUAGUAUGACAAUAAGUUUAUAGAAACCUCACGUAAGUUUUU